CGAAGAAGAAGUGCAUUUAUUUUUGCUCUCGCUGCAUUUUUGCACCACUGCGCUUUUUUCUGCAUAAACCAUAUCAUAUCGAAAGUAAUUUAACACCCUUUGAAAAUAUGCUCGCUUUGUUUAGCGCGUGUGGCAAUGGAUAGUGUUUGCUCGGAUAUUGUUGUCGUUCGUAGCGCCAAAACAAAGAUUUAAUAUUGCUGCUAGAAAGAGACAGUUGCGCGUUUUAUCGGGAUUUUUGAGAUUAUGUUGAAACGCUCGUUGAAAGUGUUAAUUGCCGUGGUGUUGAGCUUAAUGUUUACCGUUUCGCUGGUAAAGAUAGUGCUAUUGAUUUGGUCCUACCAUCCCAGCGCCCCCCACACUGCCCCACCCCUCCCCACCGUCGACGAAUGGCUAGACUCGGAGAACCUAUCAAUAUACAAAAAGCUGUUUCGCAAUAAAGGCAUCUCCUCCUUGUCGAGUUGUGGCGAUCCGGAGCGUCUUCCGGAACUGCCGCCCCUGGACGAACAGCGUCUUCAGCGUGCCGCUUUGCACCUGCAGCAAAAGCUGAUCCUGCGCGAGUGGCUGCGGGAUCACAGGCUGCAGCACCACUAUCAGCGACUGCUGGCCGUGGAGGUCGCCUCGCUGGAGGACGUCUACUGGCUGGAGGACUCGCGGGCCAGCAAGAUCCUCGGCAAGGACUGGCAGCUGUGGUCGGGAGCCCGACAGAAUCUGCCCACGUCCAAGGCGCAACUGGACGCCCUGAAGGCGCAGCUCUGGUCGACGGUGGUCAAGAGCAGCCAGCACCAGGACGCUUGGACAUGGGGUGGAAUGCUGGUCGUCUCCGUCUCAGUCGCCGGCCUCGUCACCCUGGCUGCCAUGACGCAGCCCUCGCUGGCCCCAGAGGCCCGUCAUUCUCUUCUUCAAUACGUCACCGGGAAGUAUCUGCUGCCCGCCAACUGCAAGGUGCAGUGGGAUUGGAAGGACCCCGCCAGCGUGGGCGGCACCAUGUGCUUCGUGGUGCGAUUCUUCCAGCGCAACGGACAGCCCUAUCCCAUCUGUGAUACGGACCAGUUCUUCGUCGAGGUCACCGAGGGCACCCGCAAGGUGGUCACCAUCAGCGAACUGGGCUCCUCCACCGAUCCCAACAACGCCAACAUCGCCAAGGUCAAGUUCACGGUGCGAACGGCGGGUCAAUACAAGAUAUCCGUGCUGAUCGGCGCCAGUCACAUCGCCGGCUCGCCCUUCCUGCGAUCCUUUCUCCCAGGAGCCAUCGACGCCAGGCGAUCGAGGUUCAUCCGGCCAGCCAGCACGGUCAUCUGCUGCGCAGGAGCACCCACGCUGAUGCACAUCGAGCCACGCGAUGAGUUCGGGAACUCGUGCCUAUUCGACCAGGACCAAUCGGAUGAGGCGUUGCAGGGCUAUCAAGUGGCCAUAUACGACUUGCAUGGAAUUCCGGUGGAGAAGCUGCAACACGCGAUUGUGUUUGCCUACGACAGGGUCAACUCCCGGGUCUCGGUGACUGCUCUUUUUCCAGAGCCGACUUGCCUGAGGGCCGUGAUCAGUUACCGGGAUCAACAGCUGCCCAAUGGUGACUUUGACAUCAUUGUGCUGAGCAGCAGCGACACCACCUUGGUGCACAAGAACAUUGCCUCCAGGAAGCACAAUAUCUGCUAUGAGGCCAAAUUGCUGAGCAUUUUCGGAGUGUCCAAAAACAAGCCGAGAAAGGUGCUCUGCUAUGUGGGACCUAAACAGAACUCGCUGAUCUUCCAGGUGACCAUCAAGGAGAUGAUCCUCAAGUUUAUCCCCAAAAGGAUCGCCACCUUCCGGCUGUGUCCGUCGACCAAAUUCCAUUUCCUGCCACAGUUGGUCUCCCAGCUGCACGGCCCUGUUUUCAUCAUCGACGACGGAGCACAGCCCAAGAUCGAGUUGGCCUCCAAGGAUCGGAAUAUCAUAGCUGCCACUUUUACACAUUUCCUGCUGAAGAACAUUGGCGGAUCGGAGACUUUUAAGGAUAAGCAAGACUUCUUUUACCACGAGGUUCGCAAAUUCCAUGCCAGCUAUUAUCACGAGAAGAUGGCUCUGAAGGUUCAGCGGGAGAAGAUCCUGGAGAGCAGCAUGAAGGCCGCCAAGGGAUUCUCGGUGUCCGACUGGUGUGGCAAUUUCGAAGUCACCUUCCAGGGCGAACAGGGCAUCGACUGGGGAGGACUGAGGCGGGAAUGGUUCGAGCUGGUCUGCAGUUCCCUCUUCGACGCCCGUGGCGGACUCUUCUGCACCUUCCACGACAAGCACCAGGCUCUGGUCCAUCCGAAUCCCACGCGUCCUGCCCAUCUGAAGCUGAAGCACUUUGAGUUUGCCGGAAAGAUGGUGGGAAAAUGCCUGUUCGAGAGCGCUCUGGGCGGAAGCUAUCGCCAGCUGGUCAGGGCUAGAUUCAGUCGCUCAUUUCUGGCCCAGCUUAUUGGGCUAAGAGUGCACUAUAAGUACUUUGAGCAAGAUGACCCCGACUUGUACCUGUCCAAGAUCAAGUACAUUCUGGACACCGAUCUGGAUGCCACGGACACCUUGGAGCUGUACUUCGUGGAGGAGAUGUACGACGCCAGUAGCGGGCAGCUAAGCAAGACAAUCGAACUCAUUCCCAACGGGGCCAAGACGCGAGUGACCAAUGCCACCAAAAACCAGUACCUGGACUCCCUAGCCCAGCAACGUUUGUGUAACAGUGUCAAGGAGGAGGUCGAUAGUUUCCUGAAAGGUCUUAACUCCAUUAUACCGGAUAAUCUCCUCAGCAUUUUCGAUGAGAACGAACUGGAGCUGCUGAUGUGCGGCACCGGGGAAUAUUCCAUCAGCGACUUUAAGUCGCACCACAUCGCCAACGGCAAUUCGGCGGAGUUCCGGCGGGUUUUGGCCUGGUUUUGGGCCGGAGUAAGCAACUUCAGCCAGACGGAGAUGGCCCGGCUGCUGCAGUUCACCACGGGAUGCUCGCAGCUGCCGCCUGGGGGAUUCCAGGAACUGAAUCCGCAGUUCCAGAUAACGGCCGCCCCGACCUUUGGCAACCUGCCCACGGCGCACACCUGCUUCAACCAGCUGUGCUUGCCGGACUACGAGAGCUACGAGCAGUUCGAAAAGUCGCUGCUUUUGGCCAUCAGCGAGGGCAGCGAGGGAUUCGGCAUGGUCUAGAUACUAUAUAUAGGAUAAUGGAGAGGGGAAGUCAUCCCCCCGAUUUUUGUCUGCUACGCUACUGUGUUCCUUUCUGUGCGCUUUAAAUGUCAUGCUACCAACUAAGUGACCUAGUCCGUAAGCCUGCCUAGUGAUAAAUUGCAAUUAAAUGCAGUCCCCGGCUAGAUAUAUUAUUACCCCUUUGGGGAAGAUCCCUUAAGCAAUAGUAUUCACGGAUUAGCCGGCGUAGCGAGUGUAGUUAUAAAUCGAGUCAAGAUGCAAAUUAAAACCGAAUAUAUAUCAUCAUCAAAAGGAAUGUGAUAAUUGUAUUAUAGACUAAUGCAACCUAAGCGUAAUGGGAAACUUUUAAACUACCUAUCGGUAAAGCAAAAUAAGUAGCCAUUAAAACCAAAAACUACUCUAAUUAAUUGUUAGUUACGCUGUGUAAAGAAACCCAAGCUAUUGGGAAACCAAAAGUUGGUAGCAUACUAUACUACAAAUUAAUUGUAAAAGUUAUAUUGUCAAAACAUUCACAAAGAGCAAUGUUUAUAUGCAUUUUUUCAAUUGAAAAACUAAAAAACCAAAUAAAUAUUGCCAAAUUGUGGCACAACUCGAAUACAAUCCCCAAUCCUUCUCCCUCGCUGUGCUCUCCUAUAAGCAAUACGUGGAAGCAAAUGUUGAAUAGUAGUUUUUAAAUGUUGUUGAAUCGCAAAGCAAAAAUCAAAGAUGUCAUACAAAUUUAAAAUUUAGUAAAUGUAAUGGAAUUGUAGUUGUUGAGAGAACUCUAAAAAGCUUAUAUAUCAAUCGGUUGGCGGAAAGUUGGUUCAAAUGGUUAAAAAUAAUAAAAAUCUACUGUUUAGAACGGA